AACGUUUUCUUUCGGGGGUUUGGGAUUUUGGCUAUGGCGGGCGGCCGCUCCCUCUUGACCAUCCUUGUCUUCCUGGCGAUCGCGGAGCUGGGCGCGAGCAAGAGGUACAACACCACGGCCGGCAUUGUCGCCGGCAAGAUCAACGUCCAUCUCGUCCCACACACGCACGAUGAUGUCGGAUGGCUCAAGACUGUGGAUCAGUACUACAUUGGAUCCAACAAUACCAUCCAGGAAGCUGGAGUCCAGUACAUUCUCGAUAGCAUUCUCAUGUACCUGACGAGUAAUCCGGAUCGAAAAUUCGUGUAUGUCGAGCAGGCGUUUUUCCAGAGAUGGUGGAGAGAACAAACAGAAGAGGUGCAAAGUGUUGUAAAAGAGCUGAUCCAUUCCGGGAGGCUUGAGCUCAUAAACGGGGGAUGGUGCAUGCACGAUGAAGCAGCGACGCAUUACAUAGAUAUGAUUGAGCAGACGACCCUUGGACACAAGUAUAUCAAGGAGCAAUUUGGAGUGACUCCUCGCAUUGGAUGGCAGAUUGAUCCUUUUGGUCACUCCGCCGUUCAAGCAUAUCUUCUAGGCGCCGAGCUUGGUUUUGACGCAUUAUUUUUCGCCCGAAUUGACUAUCAAGAUAGACGUCAAAGAUACAAGGACAAAAGCUUAGAAGUUAUUUGGCAGGGCUCAAAUACUUUAGGCUCGGAUGCACAGGUAUUUACAAGUAUUUUUCCAGUUCAUUACGGUCCACCAGAUGGUCAUGGUUUAGCUUACGAAGAAUCAGACGAGAUUCCAGUUCAAGACGAUCCUUUGCUUUUUGAUUAUAACGUGAACGAGAGAGUGGACGCAUUUGUAGCUGCAGCUCAAUCCCAGGCAAAUAUAACACGUACCAAUCAUAUAAUGUGGACCAUGGGAAAUGAUUUUAAGUACGCAUUAGCUGGCAAGUGGUUUGUGCAAAUGGAUAAGUUCAUACACUACGUGAAUCUUGAUGGUAGAGUCAACGCCCUAUACUCAACCCCAUCAAUGUACCUUGACGCCAAACACGCUGCGGAUGAAACCUGGCCGCUGAAGACGGACGAUUUUUUCCCGUAUGCUGAUGAUAAAAAAUCUUUCUGGACUGGAUAUUUCACCAGUAGAGCUGCGUUCAAGGGAUAUGUCAGAGAAAUCAGCGGAUUUCUUCAGGCAGCAAGACAACUUGAGUUUCUAGCUGGAAGGAAGAAAGAUGUUCCUAAUACUGACAGCUUGUGGGAUGCAUUGAGUAUUUCUCAACACCAUGAUGGUGUUAGUGGAACUGAAAAACAGCACGUCACAAAUGAUUAUGCGAAGCGCCUCGCCAUUGGUGCAGCUGAGUCGGACUUGGUUGUAAAGUCGGCUCUAAAGGCAUUAACAAGUUCUUCUGAAGAGAAUUUUGUGAAGGUAACUUUUAAGCAUGAUAUUUUCUCCUUAGAACGCUUGUGAAUUCUCCAGUGCCCGCUUCUCAACGUCAGCUUUUGCCCGUUGACAGAACACGCAAAAAAGAACUUGGUUGUAACAGCGUACAACCCGCUGGCAUGGCAAAGAGAAGAUUAUGUUCGGAUACCUGUUAAUGAAGAAGGACUAGUUGUAAAAGAUGCCUCUGGUAAAGCAGUGCCCUCUCAGCUUGUACCUGUGAGUGACGCAACGAAAAGAACCCGAUCCUAUUAUGUACGUGCUAAUCUCGGGGUGGCUCCGGGGACGCCUCCUAGUUAUUGGCUUUAUUUCAAAGCUGCUGUACCUCCUCUUGGUGUAAGCACAUACUAUGUUAGCAUUGGAUCGGCAGACACUGCAACAGUGUCAAAGUUCGAAAACAGCAACGGAUCUAGCUCUAUUGAAGCUGGAUUUGAUACUAAAUUGACAUUUUCUUCAAAAACUGGUUAUUUGACAAGAAUAUCGAAUGGCAAAUCUGGGGCUGAAACUCCUGUUCAACAAUCUUAUUACUGGUACGCUGGCUAUGCUGGAUCCGGACAGCACUCGGGAGCGUAUAUUUUUCUUCCAGAUGGGCAAACAGCCACACCGGUGGCAAGUGAGGUGUCUUUAAAAAUUGUUCGAGGGCCUCUAGUUGAAGAGGUUCACCAGGAAGUUGCUCCGUGGAUCUACCAGAUUUUCAGAUUGUACAAAGAUGUCGGGCAUGCAGAAGUAGAAUUUGUGGUUGGCCCAAUUCCAGUUGACGAUGGAAUCGGCAAAGAAGUAAUAACCAGAUUCACCACUGGCAUUCCCAGUGAGGGCGUGUUUUAUAGUGAUUCAAAUGGUCGUGACUUUAUAAAGCGGGUAAGGGAUUUCAGAUCCGACUGGAAGCUAGAAGUUACACAACCAGUUGCUGGGAACUAUUACCCGGUGAAUCUUGGAGUUUACCUGACGGACAAGAAAACCGACUUUUCGAUUUUGGUUGAUCGUUCUGUUGGUGCCGGAAGCAUUUCAGAUGGUCAACUUGAAGUCAUGCUACAUAGACGCUUGCUAGUUGAUGAUGGGAGAGGAGUUGGAGAGGCGCUGGACGAAGUUGUCUGUCUGCCUCAAGGAAACUCGAGCAACUGCGAAGGCUUGACUGUGCAAGGCAUUUCUUAUAUUAACGUGAACCCGGUUGCCAAAGCUGCUCGUUGGCGCCGGUAUGAAGGGCAGAAGAAGCUGUUUCCUUUACAACUUUAUUUUGGAACAACGGUACGUGAUGUUGUAAGUACGUGCAGUACGCAGUCUAACUUUGUAUUGCAGGAUGGGGAGAACAAGAUAAAUGGUUUCACGUCAUUUGCGUCGGGAUAUGCAUUACCAGAAAACGUUGGGCUUAUAACACUUCAGGCAUUGGACAAUGGAGAUGCUCUGUUGCGUUUGGCCCAUUUGUACGAGGCUGAUGAAGACGAAGAUUUAUCCAAGACCGCAACUGUCGACCUGAGCAAACUCUUUCCAGGCCGCAAGAUCAAGUCGGCGACGGAGCUCUCACUCUCCGCGAACCAAGAAAAGUCCAACAUCAAGCCUCUCAAGUGGAAGAUCGCAAAGGCUGGAAUCACUCGAAAGUCACCGCGGGGAGCGGCACUGGACGCGAGCAAGAUGGAGGUGGAGCUUGGAUGCAUGGAGAUUCGCACCAUCCAGAUCCACUUCGAGUAAGUUUACUUGCUACUUACUAUAGCGUUUUGGCGCUGGACAGGAACAAGAAAAAUAUUUGCUAAUUCCAUAGGGACAAGCUCGAAGAGAACGCUGCUGGCGCUGCCACUCUUCGUGUUGCUUAAGCUCACGCAAGCAAAGAGAAAAUAAUCCAGAUUUCCUAUGGCCAGAA